AUGAAUUUUCAUGUGUCUUUUACUCCAGAAUCUGACUUGCAUAUUUUCUGUCUGAGUGUAAACCGAAAAGCACAAAGAUUGAUUGCCGGCAUCAUUCAGUGGAUUGAGCCUGAUGAGACCGAAGCUCCAUCCUCUAGAGACCUCUCCCUAGUGCCAGCAUCUAAAGACCUCUUCGUCGCACCAUCUUCUAGACCCCUCACCCUUCAUCUAGGGCCAUCUCCCUCUCUCCAUACACUAGUGCCUUCUCUCUCUCUCCUUGCUCUAAAGCCUCCUCUCUCAAUUUACAGCACACUCCUUAGCUCUAAACGUUACAGCACACUUUCUUGCUCCAUCAGGUCAGAUCAAAUCUGGAACCUUGGUAUUGCACUCAUGUUUACCAUACCGCACUUUACAGCCCUCAUGCCUCUCUUUGCGUCCCUCGUGUCAACCACACACUACUUUACGACCCUCAUGUCUGCGGCACUUCUCCUUGUUGGUCUCAUGGCUAGAGCACUGCUCUGUACCGCCCUCAUGUCUACCGGACUGCUCUUUAUGGCCCUCAUAGCUACAACACUGCUCUUUACGACCGUCAUGAUUGCCUCACUGCUCUUUCCUUUAUUUUCCAUCUCCCUUUCUAUUCCCACAAUUAUAUUUUUACUGUGA